GGCCCGCGUGUUCCACUACCCGGUUCCGUUAGAUAGAAACAAGCUGUGGUUGGUGAUGCAGGUAGUUUCGUAGUGUCCGGCGAAUCGAAACUUUUCGACCAUGCCGUUCUUUGCUAAGUGACCGUGAAGAAAGAGAGUUAGUUGCUGAAGUGGAGGACCGACUUCUCAGAAAUUUGCAGUGAAAAUUUACUGGUUGAAGUCACGAGAAUGGAAGUUUCCGCCACGUGUGGAAGAAGUUUCGCAGCGGAGUUUUGAAAAGUUUCGGCAAACUCGGUGGUUGUGGAGGAAGAUAGGGAAACUUUUCUGGAUGGCUUAGUUGUGGUGUGCGUUUUAAGUAAGAAUUUUUGCGAAGUUGUGUAUGAUAUUUAUUACUUUUUAACUGUGGAUUUUGGAAAUGAGUUUCCGAUGAAAACAUUUGCAAUUUAACAAUCAAUUUAUUAUUAGCAAUAGGGAAUAUUUAAAAUAAAUGUGUUUUGCAUUUUUUUGAAAUAAAAUGCAGCUAGUUUCAGAUUUAAAUUAAGACAAACUCUAAAAACUUGAAUAUUUGUUUAUUCUAAAAUAUCAUAUCAUAUAAAUUUUGCAAAAAAGAAACAUUUUUGAAAAUUGGAUGAUUUAUGGUUUAAUAUAUACAAAUUAUUCAUAUCAAGAAACUGAUCAUAUCUUACACUAUGAUGAAUUGGUACCUAUUUGCACUCUGCUCUAUGCUAUCAGCAAUGGCAGCUUCCAGUUCGGAAAGAAGAGGUCCUUUUUUCACUGUAGAACCAGAAUCUCAUGUUGAAUUCAUGAACUCGAGUGGAGCAGCCAUUGCUUGCUCAAGUCAAGGCAAUCCUUCCCCGCAAAUCACCUGGAUCAAAAAAGAUGGGACUCCAGUAUCUGAUGUUACCGGUCUAAGACAUGUUCGACCCGAUGGAACAUUAGUCUUCCAGCCAUUUAGAGCUGAGGAAUACAGACAAGAUGUCCACUCAGCGAUUUAUCGAUGUGUCGCAAGAAACGUCGUUGGUGUCGUUGCCAGCAAAGACGUCAAUGUAAGAGCAGCAAUCAACCAAUACUACGAAACUCAAGUGUACGACGUCUUCGUUACUAAAGGUAACACAGCUGUUCUCAAAUGCCACAUCCCGAGCUUCGUAAAAGAAUAUGUGUCUGUGAUGGCAUGGAUGAGAGACGAUGGAAGUAUUAUACAUGCGGAGAGUGCUGCAGGUGGUCGCUACACUGUUUUUCCGACUGGUGAACUUUACAUUAGGAUGGCUGACCCUUUGACCGAUGGAAUGAGAAAAUAUUAUUGUCAAACAAAGCAUCGUAUCAGCGGUGCUAUUAAGCAAAGCAGUUCUUCUGGAAGAUUGAUCAUUACUGAGCCUCACAGCACAUUCCCUCCUCGGGUCAUCGACAGGAGAGCCAAUCUUAUCGUGAAGGAAGGCAGCACGGUCAAGUUACCUUGUGCAGCAGAAGGAUAUCCAAUUCCUCAGAUCCAUUGGCUGAAAUUGGAGAAGAGCCAAGCAGUGAGACUGUCCAAAAACCAACGUUUCGUAGAAUUAGGUGGCACACUUAUCAUCAGAAGAGCCGAGCCAGAAGAUAGUGGCAAAUAUAUCUGCUACGUUAACAACAGUGUAUCAGAUGAAAGGGUGGACACAGAGCUUUUAGUUUCAGCUCCGCUGAGAGCAAAUAUCAGUCCAAAACAAGUGAAGGCGGAAGAAGGAGAAUCUGUGAUAUUCAACUGUUCUAUUAAAGGCCAUCCAAUACACUCGGUGACAUGGGUCAAGAACUUGAAUCCAGUAGUUGCAAACAGCAGAAUAAGGUAUCUGUCGAGAGAUCUUCUUCAAGUGGCCCCCAUCGUUCGAGAAGACAAAGGCAUGUAUCAGUGCUUUGUCACAAAUGAUUUCGGUAUGGCUCAAGGUACAGCAGAAUUAAGUUUGGGUGAUGACCCACCAGUACUUGCUUACACCUUUCCUGAACAAACUUUGGAACCAGGAACUUUCUUGUCGUUGAAGUGUACAGCUACUGGCACACCACUACCGCAAAUAACAUGGUCUUUGGAUGGUUUACCAGUCACCGAAGGUCUGAGAACUCGCGUUGGCGAUUUCGUGACCAGUGAUGGAUUUGUAAACAGUUUCGUCAACAUUACGAGACUUCAACCGGAAGACGGUGGCACCUAUGAAUGCUUAGGAUCAAACGAUAUUGCCACAGUUGCCCAUUCAGCAAGACUAAAUGUUUAUGGUCCACCAUUUGUGAAACCUAUGCGAAAUAUAUCUGUCCUGGCAGGAGGAACAUUGGUUAUUCGUUGCCCAGUGUCUGGAUACCCAAUUGAAAAAAUUGUCUGGGAGAAAGGCGAAAGCAAACUUCCCCAGAACCGGAGACAGCAGGUUUUUGGGAACGGUACAUUGAUCAUCAAUAACGUGGAUCGCAGCGGCGACGAAGGCAGCUACAGAUGUAUAGCAGAGAACAAAGAGGGCGAAAGUGCCUUCAGGGACGUCGGAGUCAAAGUCAUGGUUGCACCUGUGAUCAAUCCAUUCCACUUCCCCCCGAACCUGAAGGAAGGCAAUCGAGUCAUCAUUACGUGCUCUGUGAUGGACGGAGAUCCACCCAUCAGUUUAAGCUGGUACAAGGAUAAUCAUCCAUUGAUGGACAACGCCAACAUAAUCGUCGAUUCCUCCAACGAGUUCAUGUCCACACUUUACAUGAAACGAGUCACCUACGAGAAUAAUGGAAACUACACGUGCGUGGCAUCCAACAGGGCGGAUAUCGUAAAUUACACUGCUCCUAUGGUAGUGAAUGUUCCACCUCAAUGGAAAAUACAGCCUUCUGACAAAUCUGUUGUGGUAGGCCAGAAUGUCAUUAUUGAUUGCCAAGCUGACGGUUUUCCACAACCAAGAAUUUGGUGGGAAAAAUCAGAAGAGAGCGGACCGAGGGACUACAAAACAAUCAUUAGUAAUUCUCACAUCCACGCAUUGGAAAACGGAUCUCUAAUGGUCCGGGAAGCUGAACAGAAUGAUGCUGGAUACUAUCUCUGUCAGGCUACAAAUGGCAUCGGAUCAGGGCUGAGCAAAGUUGUGGAGUUGACGGUGCAUGUGGCUGCCUAUUUCAAAGGAAAAUUUAUUGCCCAGACUCUGAAGAAAGGAGAAAGUGCCAAUCUUUAUUGCGAGGCCUUUGGCGAAAUUCCCAUCACGAUUCUCUGGAGUAAAGACAGACAGCCGUUUGACCCCGCCACCGAUCCACGUUAUGAAAUCACCACUGAAAGCAGAACAGACAGUGUCACUUCAAAAGUUUCAAUUCAUGCUGUUGAUAGAAGGGAUUCUGCUUUAUUUACAUGUGUUGCUACGAACGCUUACGGACAAGACGACACAAAUAUACAAUUAAUAGUUCAAGAGCCUCCAGACAGCCCAGGAAACAUCCUAGCCACUGAAAUAGGAAGUCGAACCAUCACCGUUCGUUGGACGCAACCGUAUACUGGCAACAGUCCUAUCGUGUCCUAUAAAAUCCAACACAAACUUUCUUCAGAAACCUGGGGUAAUGGAGAAAGAACGACCACUGUUUCGGAGAGGGAGACUUCCGCAGUCAUACGAGGCCUGAAACCUGUUACAAGUUACCAUGUGAGGCUGAUGGCGAAGAAUGGCAUCGGCUGGAGUGAACCAAGCCAGGCUGUUCACAUAACGACAGCAGAAGAUGCCCCCGAAGGAGCGCCAACAGCUGUUCAUGCAGUGGCUUCCUCAUCUAAUACAAUUCAUGUGUCUUGGCAGCCACCAAAAAAGGAUUUACAGCAUGGCAUUGUGAAAGGAUAUUAUGUCGGAUACAAACCAUACGGCGGCUCUGAUAAUUAUGUUUACCAGACAGUUGAAGUCCAGGGCGACUUUAAAGAAGAAAUUAUUUUGACUAACCUCCACAGAGCGACAAAAUAUAGCAUCAUUGUGCAGGCUUUCAACUCAAAAGGCUCUGGACCACCAUGUGAAGAACUUAUUGUGGAUACUUUACAAAGCGAUCCCCCUGCAUCACCAAGUUUAACUAUAGUAUCUGCUACUACCUCUUCUAUACAGCUGAAAUGGCCACCUCCAGAAAAAGAUAGCAAUCCAAUAACAGGAUAUUACUUGUAUUUCAAGAAAGAAUAUGAAACAUGGGAAGAGAGACAAGUUCCUGGGCAUCAAACAAGUUACGUCUUUCAAGAUCUGUAUUGCGGAUCUCACUACCAGUUUUAUAUUGUUGCCUACAAUGCUGUAGGAAAAGGCAAACCAAGUGAAGUAGUUGCAGGAAAGACAUCCGGUUCAGCUCCCAAUCCUCCAAAGCGAGAAGCACUUUUGAGCAUCAAUUCAACAGCUGUUUCUUUGCAUUUAAACACGUGGUUAGGAGGGGCUUGCCCACCUAACUUUUUUAUUGUCCAGUACAAGGCAAACACAAACAGAGAAUGGAUUCUGGUAUCUAACAACAUAGUGCCGGAACAAAAGCUCCUAACGAUUACGGACCUUAUGCCUGGUACUUGGUACACGAUACUUAUGACAGCUCAUAGUGAAGCAGGACCUACAGAAGCUGAAUAUGUCUUUGCAACACUGACGGCGUUUGGAGCAACGGUUCCACCACCGUUAAGUAUAGAUGAAAGAAGGCCACUUUUCUACAGAAGCCUCAGCAUCAUGGUCCCUACUGCGUGCGCUGUUGUGGUUCUUGUAGUCAUAGUCAUUGUAGCUUGUGUGGUAGUCAAAAAGCGGCGACAAGUGGAUAACCCGAACCGACGAGAUUCCAGAUUCCGUGACGACAAAUCUGGCGAGGGUAUGAGUAUGUCCGUGAUGGAACGGAAGCAAGGGAGUGCGGAAAGCGGAAGUCCCAUCAAGGACCAACUGUACUACCCAUCCCCGUAUGCCAUGAGCCACAUCCCCAUGUUCCAGAAGCAGGGAUCGCCAGAAUCCGAUUGCAGCCAAAGCCUCAGGAGAGAAUUCGGCAGGCACGAACAUAUAUAUGAUGUACCUUAUCCACCAAAGUGGCAUGAUGAUGAAGACACAUAUUCCCACAUAAUGGAGAAUUCUAACAUGCCACUACAUUCAAGUACAAACAUCUAUCAGGCACCACGUGUCAUCCCAGUACAUGCAGUUAGAACCAGUACUCCAACUCAUAGGGAACGAAGGUCAAGCAAAAGCAGAAACUCUCACAGGCUCAGCUAUAAAGUGUCAAGUAUGGCUUCUGACGGGAUAGUCGUUUUUCUUCCGUCUGUCAUAGGGUUUCUCAGAAUCGGACAGAACUUCCAGGCUCAUUAUGACUCGACUGUACUCCUGGAUAUCGUGAAAACUAUUUUGCGUUUCCAUUCAGGUGAUGAAAGCGAAAGUGAAACUACAUAUAUAUUCAACAGGGAGGUGCCAGCUUCUUAUUUGGAAACGCACGAGAUGUCAGAAGCGGAGUGUGACAGAGACCUGCGUGAGUUCUGCGAAAAAAGUGAAAAAUUCCAAAUCUUUGAACAAUAUGAUGGACAAAGAAUAUGCAUUACUUGAGAAGGUGCUGGCACUGUAGUGUAUAUAAAAAUUUAUUUGUGAUCAGAUGUAUAUAUUACCAUGAAACAAUGCAUAAUCUACAAAUCGUUUGUGUUUUCAAAAAGUGAGAAUAAACUUCAUCUAGUUGAAUAUCUUUGCUUCAAUUGCAAAUCAGAGUAAAAGACAUUCCUUUUUUAAGACUAAUAUAUAUUACACAAUAAAAUGUAAUUUGCUCAUUUCUUUAGAUUCUCAUCUAAAAUAUAUCUAAAUUAUAUUAUUUGCAAAUUUUAAGUAUUAGUCUCAGUGUGAAAACAGGGCACCUAUAAAUUUAAUAUAGAUAGGAAAAUC